AUGAUAAUUGAAGUCAUGAAAAUACUAACGCAAUUUUUAGUCAAACUUGAAUCAAGCAAAGUAAAAGACAGAAAUGAUGGGUUAUCAGGUCUUGAAUCAUAUAUCAGUUCAAACUCCAAUCUCAAUAAUAAGGAUCUCACAAACUUGUGUCAAAGUCUUUUUGGAUUUUUAGAGGCCGAAAAGAAUACAUAUAGGAAGAAUCAAACUACCGCUGUGGAAUCCAGACUACAAACAUCAAGUUAUCUUUUGAGAAAAGUAAUAGUGCAAAAUGUCCAACAAAUGAAAUUCAAACUUGUCAAAGAAACACUUAAUAACUCAAGAGAAGCCUUGUUUACCCAUGAUGAUGAGAUCAUAAGGCCGUUGGCUUUGAAUAUUUCUAAAAUAAUACAUGCUAUCAUUGCAACUGAUGAGCAUAGAGAGCAUAUAUCAAGUAACGAUUGGAUAAAGUUACUUGAGAACAUAUUAAGAAUCUUAAACAAACAAUUGUCAAAAAGUAUGACUGAUAAAUUUGUGUCGGAACUUUUGGGUGCUUUAAAAAUAAUGGUGGUUCAUCCCCAGAUGGUUAUCGAAGAUUUAGGGUACGACCUUACAGAAUUUUUAGUAAAAUACUUCAAUCUUAUGAAGAAAGAAAAUUCAUUAACAUCAUCAAUACUAGAAAUAACAAAUCAUUUGAUAAUACAAAUGAGUACUAGUAAGAUACGGUAUAGUGUGAAACUUGUAAGAACUGUUGUCAAAGUUGCAGGUUCAAUGAUUAGUACAAAUUAUGAGUCUCUUAAAGAUCAGUUACUUGUCUUCGGAUUGGUUUCAAGUGACUUCAUCCUUGAAAAUUUACCCAAAAUGAUUGAUGUUGAAGAUUCACAAGGAGACAUGACUGAUGAUGAUGGUAUCAGGGAUGAUUUAACAUAUUGGUUAGAUCAAUGGAUUCAAUUGAUAAUCAGAAGUCCUUCGGAUUCGCUAUCUUUAAGUGAUAUCGAUUUUACAAAUGAAUCCCAAGUAAAGAACACUUGGUUUAAAUUUGAUGGUAUUAGGUUGACCCAAAAUGGAAACUUUAAAUCGUGGCUUGUUGUACUCUCAUUAACAAAUUUGAUCUCUGUUUUAUAUCAUCUUCAUAAACCGCAAAGGUUGAUGAUUGAAGCUCCAAAUAAAAAAAGAAAGCUAGAUGUUCAAUCUUUUUCGAAUGUUAUAGAGCGCUCAUCUGGACCUUUAGAACUUUUGAACCAUUUCAUUCAUUCUGGUGACGUUCGGUUACAGUAUUUGGGAUUCCAAGUGAUGAUCUUCUACAUCCAUAAUCAUGAAUUGGACUUUAGAUAUUUCAAAAUUGAUGAAAUAAUUGCAUUCCAUGAUAAGCCUGAGGUAUCUGGGUAUGCUUCACUUCUUGUUGGUACCCUACUAAAAUAUGGGUGGAAAUUAACUACCAACCAAUUAUCUCAGCUAUUGAGAAUCAAUCUACAAAUGCUCAAAGAUAGAUCUUUAGUGAAUAUUUCCUCACAAACAAUAAUUUACAUACUAAGCACUCCUGGUUAUGUUCCAACUGACUCUUCUUUGAAGCUUCAAAUCCAAGCUAUGUUUGAAUUUUCUGAACUUAACGGGCCUGUUAUAAUUACCAACAAUUCUUUAAAAUUUUGGGUUUUGUUCUCGCAGUUGGGGAAAGAAUAUAGGUCAGGGAAUAAGUUUGCAGGGGAUAGAAUUAUUGACUGGCUAAUAUCCAAGUGGGAUUAUGAAUUGGUUUCUAGUGCUGCCAAUUUUCCUGAAUUUGUUUCCUGGUUAGCUGGUCUGGAAUUCUCAUGUCAGGAUACAGAAAUUAUUUAUGAAAAUCAAUUUUAUAAUUUCAAUUUAAGGUGGCUGUCAAGGUCUGAUUUAGCUGGUUAUAUUUUGUGUCUUGAUAAACCAGUUUUGAAUAUAGGAGUUAAACCAAAUUUCAACAUUUGCAAAGUUGAAGCUGAUCAUGAAGGACUAUCACAAAUUGUUGAUAAGCUGCUAUACACUAUGGAACUGUAUGACUCUCAAGGGGAUAUUACUCGGUUGUUCAAGCUGGUGAAAGACUCCUACUUCAUAUUUCAAGUUAUUCAGAGAAAUAUGCAUCUUGAAAGCUCUACGGAGAGGUUGAAAUAUGACAUUAGAAGGUAUAUUGAAAACCUUGAUUCUGAAAAUUUUGCAUAUAUUAGUGAAGCAUUGUUUCAAUUGCGUGAAUGCAAACCUUUAAACGAAUCUGGGGAAUUCAUUUUUAGUUGUUUUGAUAUACAAGAACUAGUUUCAGAUUUCAAAAAGGCGAAUGAAAAUUCAAAGCUCAACAGGUCAAGUGCUGACGUUCCGAUGGUUAUGAAUGAAUUUGAUGACUUUGGUGACAUCAGAAAGGAAAGCGAUGAAUUUGAAUCACAGGUCAGUAAAACAUAUUUUGAUGUCGUUAGCUAUAAAACCAAUGAACAAAGGCUAUUAGAGUUCAUCAUUUCAGUUUAUUCUAGGUUUUCUAAUACAAAAAAUGUGAAUACUACUAUUGAUCAGGCUAUUAGGUACCUAGAGGAUGUUGAUCCUGAAGUUUUUUCAAGUGCAUUUUUCACUUUGCUUGAGUAUUUAGAUAAAGUUGAAACCACAAAAAUCCAAGCUUUGUCAAUUAGCAGAUUGUUGAGACUGCUUGGUAAUAAGCUGCUUUCUUCAUACAAAUAUGAAAGAUCUCCAAUCACUAUCGUUUUAGCUUCAAGACUAUUCAUUGCCUUUACCAAACCCUGGCUCCAACGAAUAAAUGAAGAUUGGGCAUCCGAUUAUUCAGAUAUGUUCCAGUGGAUAGUUGCUUUAGCAGAAAAGGGUUUGAUUACAGAAGAAAUGUCUUCAUAUUAUUUCACAAAGUCUAUAUUUGUUAAGCUUUCACAUGAAUCAGAUUUAAGCACUCAAGAGGCUGGUAUCAAUAUGUUUCAAAGAUCUACUAAUCUUAAUAAAAUCAGACUUUGCUCUGAUCUCAAGUCAUUCUUGGUAACGCUACCUUUUAAUGAUCAGAUACGUUGUUUUGAAGAUCUUAAUAAAGGAUUUGUCAAUCCUCAAACACUAGAUGAUUUAGCUGCUACGUUUUCAUUUUGUCUCAGAGAAUUAUUUACUAUAUCAUAUGCAAUUUUUAUUCAUGGAUUAUCCAAGUUAUUGUUAAACUAUGGUUAUCUUCAUUUCAAACCAUAUGUUGAAGCUGCUAUUCUUCCAGUAGCCGAUUCAAUCAACUCAAAUAAGCUAGUCAUAUUUGAAAUAAUGAAGGUUUGGCUUGAUAAUGACAAGGAAAUUGAUACUUUUCCAUACAGGUUACUAGGUUUUGAUACAUUUGGUGAAUUUAUUGAGAAGCGAGCUAAUGUUAUUUACGCGUUGCUUAUCUCUAGCAGAAAAACAAAUACAAACAUUAUAGUGAAUAACAAAGUGUUAGGUGGCGAAAUUGAUGAAUCUGAACUUCUGCUUGAUACUCUAUCAUAUUCAAUUCCACUUUCUUUCAUCAAAGGCGGUAGAAAAGGUGAAAUUUUCAGUUUAAUUGGUCAAAUUUAUGAUUCAAGCUUGAUAGAUCAUCAAAGAAUACUUUUGGUACGCAACUUUUUGGAUUUAUGUGACUAUUCAAGAAUCUCUGAUUUUAUGAAGUAUGCACCCGAAAUCAAAGACCAUGAACUUUUGAAGCUUCUAUUUGUGGGAAGUCCUCCUGAUCUAUUUUCGUUGGUGAAUAUCAAAAUCCCCAUGUCUGCUGUCAUUCAUGAGAUAAAUCAAAUAACAGAUCAGGCCUCUACCAAAUUUUGGAGCAUUGCUACUGUCGGAUUUCUCAUCAAAGGUACUCUAGAAGUCCUUCCAACUAUUUCAGAUUCUAAAGAGAAACUACUUGUGCUACGAAAGCUGAGACUUAUAUUUAUUCUUGGUUUUGAUAACUUAAAAAAUGAGCACAUACUAUUUCUGGUAUUGGAUCAUGUAUCGUCCCUUUUGGUGGAUGAUAUUACGCAUGAUGAUGCCUCUGAAAUCAUUGUCUUUCUUUUGACCAUUAUUGAUGAAGUUGAACAUCAGAACGACCGCUAUUGUGAAUUAGUUUUGAAGAUUGUCCUUCAAUUGUCAAAAUAUAAACAAGAAUUCGGAAGAAUGAGUUAUCCUGUUGAAUGCAAGAUAAUGGAUAUUUACUCAACCUCGAAAUUUGAAGGGGUUUGGAAAAGUCUUUUUAUACCAAUGAUACAUUUGUUGACCACAAAUAUUACCGCCCUUGAAGAAACUCUUCUUUUAGAAACUGAUCCAGCUUCUAGACAAACGCUGUCACGGUCUAAUUACGUCUCAAUUCAUGGAAUUCUCAGAUUUGCUGCUAAACAUUUGAAUUCAAGCUCCCAGGACCUUGUGUUACAAUCAUUGGAUUUACUUUUCAGUCAGGUACCGCAUUUAAAUGAGUUUUUCUACAAAUUAAAGACUGAUUCUGCUGUCUCAAAACUCCUAAAAGAAUCUCAGCUCUUGUUCAGCGUUACUUUUGAUCACUUUAGAGCGAGGUAUUUAGGAAGACAUUAUACAUUGACUGGUGAUGAACUUAACUCAUCUAAUAAUGAGCUUUCUAAAAGUUUUGAGGAUCAUCUUGAGCAAAAAACAUCAAACUUGGAAUCUCUUACUGAUGCUCUCAUUCGCAGAAGAACUGAUAUAUCAAAUGUCAAAGAGCUCGUUCUCAUUGAUGACUAUCUUGGUAUGGGACUUUAUGAGUAUAAUCGAGGGAAUUUGGAAGCUUCUAGUAUCAUGAAGUUUGAUUCGCAUUUGAAAGACUUGGUGAAAUUAUUGGUUCCUCUUGACUGGUUUAUUUUCAGCUCUAUUCAUUCAGAUCCUAUCACGGUUUAUCCCUGGUCUGAACUUGCUUCUGUUUCUAGCUUAUCUGAUAAAGCAACAUCGAUAUGGUGCCGUGACAUUAUAUUAUCUGUUCUCAGUUAUUUGAAUGAAAAUUCAUUUCUCUACAAAUCAUUUUCCACAUAUUUGUUUCAGUUUCCAUCCAUAUCAGAGUCCAUAUUUUGUGAUGUAUUAUUAUUUUAUUUAAGACAAGGUAGAUCUACAGAGGAAAAAUUGUUAAUAAAAUUGAUAAAUAAUACCAUGAAUUUCUCUGAAAAUUCAAAACUUGUGAAGGAGAAGGCUAGAUUGGUCUUGAAGCUUAUAUAUUUCAUGAACAUUGGUAAGGAAGAUAUCAAACAAUUCAGAAAUGUAUUAGGUCAUUUAGACUCACAAGUCAUUUAUCAACUUGCUUCUAGUAUGAAUAUGCCAAAAUUUGCACUUUUAACCUUCGAGGCGUUUUACAGUGAUCCAACAAAUAAAUCACAUUUUUCCUGGGUUGACGAUUCAAAAUCUUUGGAAUCUAUUUAUAAUCAAUUAAAUGACAAGGAUUUAUUUCAUGGACUUCCAAUUCAACCAUCUUUAACCUAUGCAAUGGCAUCUAUGAAUAGAGAGAGUAAAAAUAAUUGGAGAAAUGUUGUUUUCAGCAGUGCAAAUUUGGACUCCUCUAUAACAUUACGGGAUUAUACAAACUUUGAUUUAUAUUCUUCGAAGGAGAUGGUAUUAAACUCAUUAGUUAAAAAUAGUCUUUUGGGUGUAUCUGAUAUGCUUAAUGAUCAACUGGAUCCUCAAGAGCGUUUGAAAAGGAGUUAUGAAUGGAGCUGGAAGCUUGGUCAAUGGAAUUUACCAGCUUCUGAAUCCCCAAAAUCUGAAGAUGAAUUCAUAUAUUGCUGUCUCAAAGGUGUUCAUGAAUCUAAGAAUUAUGAAAAGUCCUUUUUCGAAGAAUCUGUGAGAAAACUUUUAAAAUCACAAGACAAUAAGGAAGUCAAUGUCACAAAAACAUUAGCCUCAUUAUAUAAUAUUGAAUUGAUUCAAUCACUCGAUAAUUCAGAUCUCAUUGAAUCUAGUGAAGAGUUUUCUACUAUCAAAGAUGGCUGGUUUAAACAAGCUUCAUUUGCUGAUAUUGAGAAUUUACUUUUAUCCAGAAGGAUUUCAUAUGGAGAAGGUAAAGUCAAUUGCAGCUCUACAGAUAAUGUUUUAUUUCAAGCUCUAGAAAUUCAAAGAUAUACAUCACUUUCAAGAUCUAAUAAUGAAAUUCAAAGGUCUACAAACUCAUCAAUGCUUUUAGAUAAAAUUGUGAGAUCAGAAACUAAUUUGAAUAUAAACAAAUAUUUGUCUAAAGUUUCAUCUUUUGAAACUGCUUGUACAUUGUGGGAUCAAGGUGAGACUGCCAUAUCAAUUGAGAUGUUGAAAGAUAAUUUAAAGAAUGAUAUAUCCAAACCAAACAAUGUAUUGAUAAAUGGUCUUGAUGUUUUUGGAUCUGUUUUAAAUGCUUAUCUAGUUAAAUGGACUUCAGAAUCAAGACAAGAAAAAUUUGAAAAUAUAAUGCAAACAUACGUUAAUGAUGCCUUACGUGGUAUAGAGGAUGUCACUUCAGUAAAGGAUAAAUCAAAAGUUUAUCAUAUAUUAGGUUAUUUUUGUUAUAAACAAACAACUCUUCCUGGUGCUGAAGAAGAAGUUCAAAGACAGGAAAAAUUAUUGAAAGAAAAACAUGCUGAGCUUCAAGAAUUGAAAAUUAUUAUUCAAAAUAAAUCAACACCUGCUGAUGAAAAAAAGAAUGCUAAAAGAUAUUUCCAAAGAAUGCAAUUACAAUACGAAUCAGAUAAAGAUUCAUAUAAUACUUUAUUUAAUAAUAGAAUUGUUUGUAUUGAAAAAGCAUUAGAGUUUUUCUUGAAUGCAAUUUAUAUUGAUGAUUCUUAUGAUGAUGAAGAUAUUGAUAAAAUUUGUGCACUUUGGUUAGAAUAUUUUGAUGCUGAUAAUAUCAACAAUAUUUUCAGUAAAUGGAUCAAUAAACUUCCAUGUCAUAAGUUUAUAUCUUGGUUGAAUCAAUUAGUUUCACGUUUAGCAGAUGAAAAAACUAGCUUUCAAACAAAUUUACAAAAUUUAUUAAUUAAUAUUUGUUUCAAACAUCCUUAUCAUUCACUUUAUUUUAUUAUGAAUUUAAGAGUUCAUAAAUUAUAUCAAAUAUCUCGAACAGAUUCAACAAUUCAUUCAAGAAGUGCAGCUGCUGAUAACUUAUGGAAAACUUUAAGUUCCAAAAAUAGUUCAUUUCAUAAAGAUAUUCUUGAUCCAGUACAAUCAGUGAGUUCAAAUGCAUUAACUUUAGCUACUGAAAAAGUACCAAAUAGUGGUGUGAAACAAAUGAAAUUGGAUAAUUUAAAAGUUGGUGAUUUUUGGAUUAAUCAAUUAAGAGAUUUAAAUAUCCCAUUACCAACAGCAAAUCAAUUAUCAAUUAAUCCUAGUGGUGAAUAUGAAAAUGUUCCAAAGAUUGUUAAUAUUUCACCUAUAUUACAAAUAUCUUCAUCUGGUAUUAGUUUACCUAAAAUUAUGAGAUUACAAUUAUCUGAUGGUAGUAAACAUAAGAUGUUAUUAAAAGGUUCAACUGAUGAUUUAAGACAAGAUGCCAUUAUGGAACAAGUUUUCGAAAAGGUUAAUACAAUUUUAAAAAAUGAUAAAGAAACAAGGAAAAGAAGUCUUAAAAUGAGAACUUAUAAAGUUGUUCCAUUAGGACCUCAAGCAGGUAUGAUUGAAUUUGUUGCUAAUUCAAUUGCAUUAAGUGAUAUUUUAAGACCUUUACACUCCAAAGAUUCUAUUUCAUUUAGUGAAGCUAGAGAAAUGAUGAGAAAUUGUCAAUCAUCAGGAACAAGGGAAAGAUUAAACGUUUAUUUAAAGAUUUGUAAAGAGACACAACCAAUAUUUAGACAAUUUUUCAUUGAUACUUUUACAAAUAUUGAUGAAUGGUAUGAAUCUAGACAAAUUUAUACAAAAGGUAUUUCAACUAAUUCAAUUGUUGGAUAUAUGUUAGGAUUAGGUGAUCGUCAUUUAAAUAAUAUUUUAAUUGAUAAAGAAACAGGUGAACCAAUUCAUAUUGAUCUUGGAGUUGCAUUUGAUCAAGGUAAAUUAUUACCAGUUCCUGAAUUAGUUCCAUUUAGAUUAACAAGAGAUAUUGUUGAUGGAUUAGGUAUUACUGGUGUUGAAGGUAGUUUUAAAAAAAGUUCAGAACAUGUUUUCAGAGUAUUAAGAGAAAAUGUUGAAAAAAUUAUUGGUAUAUUAAAUGUUUUAAAAUAUGAUCCACUUUAUUCAUGGGCUAUAUCACCAAUUAGGAAAAAAAGAUUACAAGAGAUUGAAAAUCAUAGUAGUGUUUCAUCAAAAUUUAAUGUUGAAGGAGAUGGAUCCGAUGCUGCAAGAGCUGUUAAAGGCGUUGAAACUAAAUUAAAUGCAAAUGGGUUAAGUGUUGAAGCAAGUGUUGAAGAAUUGAUACAAGAAGCUACAGAUUAUAAAAAUUUGGGAGUUAUUUAUUUAGGUUGGACACCAUUUUAUUAA